GGCGGGGCUUUGCACUUGGGCAAACUUGAAACAGUGAGGACACAGCCCUGCAGAGAAGGGAUCAAAUCUGCCAGAGGCAGUCCUGCCUUUCUUUCCUGUCCAGCUGAAAUCAUUCGAACACUGGUGUUCCACUACUGGCAAGAAAACACGGUCCACCUGAUAGCAAGUCUCUGGCCUCUCUGUCCCUCAGGAACAGCAAUGGACCAACAGGAAUGCAGUCAUUCUGAACCAUGUAUGAAGAACCAACGUGCCAGAGGAUCAGAGCUGAGAAUCAUGCUGGUGGGCAAAACAGGAACCGGCAAAAGUGCUACAGGGAACAGCAUCCUCAGAAUGCAAGCAUUUGAAUCGCGGCUAAGUGCCCAGUCCAUCACUAAGACUUGCAGUAAACAUGAGGGAAGCUGGGGAGGGAGGGAGAUGGUCAUUAUUGACACACCGGAUAUGUUUUCUGGGAAGGACCACUCUGAUUCCUUGUACAAAGAGGUGUGGAGAUGCUACUUACUCUCUGCACCAGGACCCCAUGUGCUGCUCCUGGUGGCCCAGCUGGGCCGAUUCACCGACGAGGACCAGCAGGCUGUGCAGAGGGUGAAGGAGAUCUUUGGAGAAGAUGCCAUGAGACACACAAUUGUCCUCUUCACCCACAAGGAAGACCUGGAGGGAGAAUCCGUGACAGAUUACAUCCGCGACACAGAUAACAAAGCCCUGUGCAAGGUGGUGGCAGCAUGUGGGGGCAGAGUGUGUGCCUUUAACAACUGUGCUACAGGGAGUGAGCGGGAUGGCCAAGUGAGGGAGCUAAUGGAUGUGAUUGAGGACCUGGUGUUGGAGAAAAGGGGUGACCACUAUACCAAUGGGCUCUACAGCCUAGUAACAGCAUCAGAAUGUGGACCUGUGUGGUCAGAGGAAAGGUUCAAGGAUUUCAAAAGAGAUCUUGUGAAGUACAUGCAAAUUCAGAGACGUUACUCAGCUGAAGCAAAUGGCCUGAAACAAGGCCUAAUCAAAACAUUCGUCUUUAUUUUAUUUUGUAUUCAUUUGUUCGCCAAAUUCCCAGUUCUGUUAUUGUGUCCAUUGUACAGAGUGUGCAACUUUUUUUACUGCUUUCUCGUUAGAAUGUGCAGUUUGUUCUGUAGAUUGCUGUUCUUUAUAGCUGGAAUAUUGAUGACAAUUUUGAGAAAGAUCACUGGGCUGGAAUGCAUAACUCGUAGAGCAUAGUUACAGGUCAGCAAUUAUUUACUCACUGCCAUAUAUGGGGUGAGUCCAAGUGCUUCCCCUGUAAAAUGCAGUGCCUGACAUCAGUAAAUGUUUGAGAUUCUGUAAA